AAUUGCGUGGAGAGUGGCCUUCAUUGUAUCUCUCUUACCAAUUUGUUCGAACCAUGGUGGUGUUGGGUAACCUUCUUCUUCCUCCUCCACCAUUGCCAAUAAUCGCCGCUCCAAUCCCGCAAUCGCCCCCGAAUUCUGCUGCUUUCUGCGUCAAUGGUGGUCGUUCGCAUGGCGGUAACCCUAAGCAGAGAUUUUCUAACCGGAAUAAUGUCGGUGCAAGUUCAAAACCACCUGGAACUUCUGUUUGGUCUAAUAACCUAAUCGCUCUGGCAAUUGCUGUGGCGCUAAUUUCUCCACUGCCUGCUCCGGCAAUUCCUUUCGUCAAUUCCAAACCAUUUGUGGAUUCUUCAGCGACGCCGUAUUCGCAGGCGCAGAAUUUGCCCACUGGAUUGGUGAAUGGCAAAAUCGGACCUUGCCCAUCGAUAAAUCCAGGAUGUAUCUCGAGCAAUCCCAUGUCAUCGAACUUUGCUUUUCCAUGGAGGAUAGUCGGGUAUUCUUCAGAUACUGCUGCUAUUCAGCAAUUACAAGAUGCAAUUCUGAAGACGCAAAAAAAUGCCAACAUUCAGCUUGUUGAAGACACGCCUACUGGUAAAUACUUGCAAGCCGAGGUGGAUGCAGGAUUUGGCAGGGAUGUCAUGGAGUUUCUGGUGAAUGGUGACGUGGUUUCAUUUCGAGCUAUGGCAACCAAAGUUACGUAUGUAUAUCCCUUCACAACUGCCUUUGGAGAUUCGAAAGGUCAGGAAGAACGCCUCAAACAAAUUGUUAAUGAGUUAGAAUGGUAUGCUCCUAGUUUUGAUUUCAUGGACUAGACAAAGUGUUUUUUGAGUUUUAAUUGAUAGAUGCAUUUCUUGUGCUUUGAUUCUAGCAAUGUUAGAGUUUGUUUGGUUAUGAUUUGAGUUUCUAUUUA